AUGGCAAAAGUACUUCUUAACAAUGUUGCUACAAUAUUUCUCAUAUUAAGCUUUAAUGUUGGAAUUCAAAUCUACGCAGUUCCACCACCUGAAGGAUAUCCAAUCCCAUAUACCGAACCAAUUAAUAGAUUCGUUCUUCCAGAACCAUAUGGUCCUACCGCCAUCAAACAACCUCCUGUUCCCGAUGCACUUUACGCUCCCGUUUCCCCGGCACCCGUCGAUGUACCUCUAAUGGAAGCACCGGUUGCUCCAUUUGCUCAACCUUUUGAGCUUCCAGCAGUUGCGCCCGCAAGACCAUAUCCUGUCUCAUCCAAUAAACCAUGCGCAUGUCCCAUUACACAUGCCGCACCUCCGGCCGUGGCCCCCAUGAAUCAAAUAGGAAUUCCUUAUAAUGAACAUCCUAAUAUUGGGGGGUAUGGUGGUUAUUGUAGUGAUUGUGGCGGAUUGCGUGGACUAAAUGGGUUUAAUGAUGUUAUUUGA